AUGGAAGUAGAUAGGUCAAAAGAGAUUCUAAGUAAUUUGUUAACUAAAUAAAUUGAUUUGAAUGAGCAACUAUAAAAUGAAAAUGAUGAAUUAAAUAUAAAUCUAAAGUGAUUUAUUAUCUAUAUAUUAGACGAUUACUCAAUCUCUUAAAUUAAAAAGAUAAUUAAUUGGAAGAAAUAAAAGAUAGAAUUAUUUAAGUUGAUUAAACAGAAAAUCAAUAUUAAAAUACAAUUUCUCAUCAAACACAACAAAUAAAAUAAAUCCAAUCUGAAAAUUAAGAAUUGUUACUAUAAAUCUAAUAGUAAUCAGAAAUUAGAUACAAGAUGGAAUAAGAAUUGUCUAAAAUAAUUGAAUCUUUUGAAAGAAUGUAAAAAAUAAAUUAGCAAUAAUAAGAAGAAAUUAAUUUAUUAUAAGAAAGAAAUCAAUAAUUAGAAGAAACUUAAAUUACUAAUACAAUAUAAAUUGAAUAAUAUUAAAAGUAAAUUAAAUUAUUGGUAAGUUCCAAUGAAGAUUAUGAAAAAUAAACAGACAUCUUAUUAAAAUAAACUAAUGAACUUAAAUAAAUAUAAAUUAAAUUACUAUACAAUUUAGAUGCAAUAUAAAAAGAAAAAGAUGAAAUGACAACUUAAUUUGAUGAAAAGCUUAUUCAAUUUAAAUCUUGUUUCUAAAGUACUGCUGAAAAUACUAAAGAUUUAACUAAUCAAGUUAAUGAUUUAAAUAAUCAAAAUUAAAUUUUAUAAAAAUAAGUAAUAUAUUUAUUUUAUAAAAUUAGAAUUAAUAAUUAAUUGAUUAAAUUGAAGAUUAUUAAUCACUUUCAUUGAAAUUAGAAUAAGAAAGAGAUAAAUAUCAUAAAGAUUUAGAAAUUACUAUUUAAAAUAAUUCAAGAUUAUAAAAUAAUAAUUCAAAUCUUGAAAAUCAAUUAAUUCAACUAUCUCAAGAUUAAGAAUCAUCUAUUAAAAAAGUAUUAUAUAAAUAUUAUAAAUUAGAUGAAAUAUAUGAUAGAAUAAAUUGAUGAAUUAGAAUAAGCUAAUGAUAGUUAAUUAAAAUAAAAUAAUGAACUUAAAUAGUAAAUCAAAAAGUUAUAAUUUCAAUAAGAUUAAGUUCUUAAAGAAAAAGAAGUAAUUUAUGAAUAAUUUGAAUAAAUCUAAAAAAAUGCUCAAAAUGAUCAUGAAGGAAAUAGAGAUAAAUAUAUUAAAUUAGAUAGAUCAUAUAAAGAAUUGCAUUGUUAAUAUGAUGAAUUACUUAAUAAAGUAUAUAUCUACAUUAAAAUUAUAGUAUAAAAUUCAAAAUUAAACAUUUGAAGAAUAAUAAGUUCAAAUUCAAUUAAAUAUCAAAGAAAUCAAUGAACUCAAACAUAAUUUAAGAAUACUUCAAGAAUCUGAAAGAAAACAUUCUUAUAAUUAUGAAGUUAUUAGUAAAGAGAAGUUUAUGAUAACAUAAAAAUUAGAAGAAUCUUACUAAAUAAUUAAGGAUUUAAGAGAUUAAUGUUAAAUUCAAACAGAAAAAUUAUAAAAAACUGAAAUGUUUAAUAAAUAAUUGCUUAUGGAAAAUGAAUAGUAAUAAAAAUAAGUAUCAUUAUUAAUAUUCUUUUAGAUUAAAGCUUAAGAAAAUAAAAUUGAGGAACAUGAAGUACAUAUAGAACUGCUAUAAGUUUAGAUUAAUCAUAAAUAAACUUAAUAAAUUGAAAUGGAUAGAUAAUAAGCACUAAAAUAAUCAACAACAAAAAAAAGUUAAUCAGUUAAUAAAGAAAAUAAUAAUAAUGAAUUAAUUAGAUUAAAAAAACAAAAUACAGAAUUAACUAAAGAAGCUAUUUCUUUAAAUGAAUAAAUAUUAGAACUUAAAGUAAUUAAUUAUCCAUAAUUAUUAUAGAAUGUUAUUAAUAAACUUAAUGAUCAACUUGCAUAAUAAAGUAAAGUAAAAACAGGUUUAGAAUCAAGAAUUUAAAGUUUAAUAAAAGUUGUUGAGGAAUUUUAAUAAAAAUAAAUCUAGAAACAAUAGGAUAGUAUAACAAAGGAGUAAUUUCAAAAUUAAGUUGAAUAAAUCAAAAAGAAUUGUUAUAUUUAGAUUUAAUAAUUAACAAGAGAAAAUGAAGAAUUGAAAAAAUUAUUACAAACAUAAGCAAAUCAAACUUUUAAUUCUACUGAAGAAGUGUCUUCUUUAUAAGAUACAGUAGCAGACUUAAAUCGAGAGAAAGUAAACUUAAUUAGAGAGUUGAAUCAAGAACAUGAAGCAAAACUUAAAUCUGAAGUUGAAAGAGAUAAGUUAAAAUAAUAAAUUGAAUAAUAUCAACUAGAAAUUGAAAAUUGCCAAAAUUAAUUAGAUCUCUAUGUUAAAGUAUUAAAACAAAUGGAUGAAAAACUAAAAUAAUAAUGA